CCAGCCGGAAGAUUUAGAAGUGAAGUGUCCCGUCGAAAUAGGGCCGGGCAAGAGAAGGAAGAGAAGGCAGCAUGGAGGCCUCGGCACCGGCGGGGAGGCUCAACUCCUGCCUGGAUGUGCUGAGUUCCUCCACAGCCCGACCCGAGCUCUUCCUCAGCGUUCAAGAAGGCCUUGCUGGCGAAUUCAUCUCCCUGACCAAGACCCUGUAUGAUUUCCACAAGGCUCUUGGGUCGGACGUUAUUUCCGGAAGCCCCUUAAAGGAGCUGGUGGUGGAGAACUUUGAUGAGGAACAGAUCUGGCAACAGUUGGAGCUCCAGAAUAAUGCGGCUUUGGGCCACUUCCAGGAAGCGGUUGCAAAGAGCGUGAAGGAAGAGGCGGAUAUUUCCCUUCUGGAACCCUUGGAGGAAGAAGACGAAGAAGAAGAGAAAGAAGAAAGCGAUGAAGAGCAAAUGGAUGCUGAGGACCAAACAGAGGAAGAAGCAGAGAUCCAAAACGAUCACCUUGAAGAGGAAAGUGAUCAGUCGGGAAAGAAAGGACUCAAAGGAACAGAAACACAUUCGUUUAGCGAUGAAGACUCCGAUAUAGACUUUGACAUCGAUGAACUAGAACAGAGGACCAAAAGGUUGAAAAGCGCUGUGAAAAAAUCUGGAGAGACAUCCAUUGUGGACGAUAGGUUUUUCAAACUCUAUGAGAUGGAGGCUGCUUUGGACGCGGCAGAGAAAAAAGAAAGCAAAGCGAAGGAUGAUAAGGAUGAGGAUGACGACGACAUAGAUUAUUUCGAGGAAAUUAUUUCUGAGGACGAUGAGGAUGACGGUGAAGAAGAAUUUGGAAACGCCAGCAUGAUGCUGACAAAAAGUGCUCGCGAUCUUAAAUACAAAGAUUAUUUUGAUCCGGUGGAUGAUCAUGAAGGCUUCACCGGUGAAAGCAAAGAUAAUGGUGAAGAUGAACAGAGCGAAGGAGCAGACGAUGAUGAUGAUGGUGAAGAAGAAGACGCUAUUGAUGAGAUGGAGGACGACGAGGAUGCCAUUGAACGAGCAGAGAAGGAUAACCUCAGCGAACCUUUUAAGAGAGUGAAGUUCUCUUUACCGUACGACAGCGAUGGGGAAGAAGAUACGCACACCUUCCAGGGAAAGGCAGAGAAAUCCCCUGAAGUGAAAUCGUCCUUUGAGAAGAGACAGGAGAAGCUGAGCGAGAAGAUUAAGAAGCUGGAGAGUGAGCUGCUGACGGAGAAGCCUUGGCAGCUAAAAGGUGAAGUGACCGCACAGAAAAGGCCGGAGAACAGCCUUCUGGAGGAGAUGCUUCUGUUUGACCACGCCGUCAAGAUGGCUCCAAUGAUCACAGAAGAAACAACCCUGGAACUUGAAGACAUUAUCAAAAGGCGGAUAAAAGAUCAGGCUUGGGAUGAUGUUGUCCGUAAAGAGAAACCUAAAGAAGAUCCAUUUGAAUAUAAAAAGCGUUUGACUCUGGAUCAUGAGAAGAGCAAGCUGAGCCUCGCUGAGAUCUAUGAGCAAGAAUAUUUGAAGCUUAACCAGAAUAAAACUGAAGAGGAAGAGAAACCUGAGCACGCUGAGAUCAAGAAGAUGAUGGACUCUCUCUUCCUCAAACUGGACGCCCUUUCCAACUUCCACUUCACGCCCAAACCGCCUGUCCCCGAAGUCAAGAUUGUCUCCAAUCUCCCAGCCAUAACCAUGGAAGAAGUCGCACCCGUGAACGUCAGCGAUGCGGCACUCCUUGCUCCCGAGGAGAUCAAGGAGAAAAACAAAGGCGGGGAGGUGAAAGCCGACGCCGAGAAGAGCUCCACGGACAAAAAGCGGGAGCGGAGGAAGAAGAAGCUGGCGAGGCGGAUCAAGCUGCGGGAGAAGGAGAAGCGCCAGAAGCUCCUGGAGAAGAAGGCGGAGGGAAACCCCAGGUUGUCCAAAAAGGCUUCGGCGGCCGAGCUGAAAAAGCUGACCAAGGAAGGCCGGACUUCGCUGCUCAAGGAUGACGGCAAAGACAAGGCUUUGAAGUCCUCCAAGGCGUUUUUUUCCCAGUUGCAAGAUCAAGUGAAAAUGCAAAUCACAGAAGCCAAGAAAAGCCAGAGGAAGCCCAAGAAACGUGCGCUCUCUGCCCAGAAGCUGAAGCUGUGAUAUAUUAUGCAUGCGAUAUUUUGUAUAAAUUAAAAGUAAGGUGGAUUCUCCCCCUCCUUCA